GGCCUUCAGACAACCGCCGCGCCAAACAGAAACUUUCUAGAGAACUUGCGCCAAACUAACUAUGUCACCACGAACUACUUACAGAAUUACUCACAAAUUAUCUUGCUUGCUUUGCAGUACCUUGUCCUAUAUUUAGUAACUGCACGAAACUAGCUAGCAUGUCUAAUUUUGCAAAGCGUAAAAAAACUUCAAAAGAUAUACGAUGUUUAUUCUUUCCUGAUGAUGUUAACAACGGCUUUAAAAAAAGGAAACCUGUCGUGGGCAGAAGUAAGCCUUCCUCUUCAAUCAAGUCCUGGGAAAGAUGUGGAGAAGGUUUCUUGGGCACACCGACAGCAGAGAAAUGUACUUCAAGGAAAAAUGUUAAAGCUGUAAGGCAAUUGGUACCAUCCUCAUCAGACCCAGUGAAGGGAAGUGCAGCGGGUGAGGUGGACAUUGUGUGGAACUCCAGUGAGAGUGAGAUGUCUGACAGCGAGAUGCCUCAACCCAGUGCAUUCACCGAGGGUCGUGGUGAACCUCAGAAAGAAGCCGUCAAGAACUCCUACAGGAGAUACCUCGGCUUGUUCAGCUCGGUCACUUCCCCCAACGAAGAAGAAGUUCGUAAGAUUGACUGGGACAGUGAUCUGACUGAUGAUGGGGAAGAAAUGGACAGUUUGGCUGAAAUCUCGGACUCUGAUUCUUCUUCAAAGGAACAAAAACGAUCACCAAAAGUCAUUUUGGCGCCAGAUGCAGAGAUUUCAGACUUCUCUGAUGGCGAGCGAGCCGAACACAUGGCCCAGGCCAGAUGUGAACACGUUUCCUGGAAACCAGGCGGGAGCAACACAAGGUCUGCCAGCGACUGGGUCAGGUCCGCGCAGGCGAUGUUGCGGACGCCUCAGAAACAACACGGCAGCCACAUCAAGUCCCCAGAAGACUCUGCUAAAAAGAAGAAAUUCCUAAGCGGGGGUCUGGCCGAAAGACUGAGUCGACUGCAGGGCCGACAGAGGUCCGCCAUCAGCUUCUGGAGGCACCAGUCCACCUCAGACUGUACCACCACAGCGGUUGGCAAAGCCGGUGUGCUAUCGCUGAAACUGCUGUCCGUCUGGGAGGACUGCGGCAUGCACGUGGCCGUGUGCCAGGGGGCAGAGGCCAGCGCCUCCCCCUGCCCGUCUGCCACAGGGCAGCUCCUGGUUCUCUUCUGCAGGGACACGGCGGGCCACCUGGCACCCAGCCCCGGGGACACCGUCCACGUGUACCCGCAAUGGCAGAAACUUGUAAUGGAAGGUGAAAAUAAUCCAGUCAUUCUCAACACACACUUCAGCCAGAAGGUCCUGGAGGACGGGGCCUGUGCAGGGGGGCGAGUCUCAGCUGGAAAGUGCACCCCGUACCCUUUGACUAGAGUGUUCCAUCUGAUGGAGAACAGCGCUGUCUCUGAGGAAAAGCUUGCUGCCAAAACGGGAGAGUCGUGGGGUGUCGGCGAGGCGAUGUGCGACUCCCUGCUGGAGGUGAUCGAGGGAUACGGCGUGGCAGGCUGGAUGGGGCGAGAUGUUUCAGUGGUGGUGCAGAGGGUCUACUGCCUUCACAUCCAAGAGCCCUCUUCCCAGCCUCUUCUCAAACACAGACUGCCUGGAACUGAGCCUCUCCAGCCCAGAUACAGGCUCUGUCUCCUGGUCCAGGACGCGUAUGGGCUGUUCAGCGAGGUGGCGCUCCACCAGCUCUCCCCAGAAGAGAGCCUGCAGCAGCACAUCAGGAAGUGGGAAGGGAGCUGGUGUGUGCUGAAGAGCAUGAAGGUGCUGCAGAGAGCUACACGGGCCAGAGUCUGGCAGUGUCUGUGCCAGCAGACCCCCGGGGCGUCGUGCGGUUGGCUUGGCCGUAGGGUCACUCAGGGGGGCUGUGUAUCGCUCUCCGGAGGCGUGCUGCAGACCGUCGCUUGGGACCGCGGGGAUGUUGUAGCGGCCCGCGGGCGCGGGCAGAUGAAAGCCCGCCCUCCCGCCGCUGCGCGCGGUUACGCGAGCGCCGGAGCUGGUGUCCGGAAAGACCAGAGCAGCCAGGACGACAGAGCCAAGCUUCCAGCCCCAAGCUUCUGUUACUUGCUCUCAGCCCAAAGGGGUGAAGGCUCUGUAGAUGAGCUGCUGCAUCCUGCACCAGGACUAUAUCUGCCUGCUGUGGUGCACACACUGAGAGAAAUACUGCAGCGCGUCCCCCUUGGCCAUCGCUGUAGCUUCACAGCCACAGUCAUUUACAAGAGACAGCAGGGUUCUGGCCCGAGGCAGAGCGAAUUCUGGCUGUUUGUGACUGAUCCCAGCCUGCAGAGAGAGGCGGAGGAGGGCGGUGAGGAGCUGAACAGGACAGUGGGCGUGUGUGUGAGCUCCUCCUGCGUUCUUCACCCAGCCGUGCUCGAAGCACUGAGCACCUCCUUCGUCUGCAGCCUGACAUUUAAAGACGCCGUGAGAGAAGACGGUUUGAUCCAAUGCGUGGAGCGCUCAGUGAUACAGCUGGACACCCUGACUUCCGCACCUGGCUCGGACGGUCUGGCCACUGAGGGCCCACCUCUUCGCCAUCCCAUAAAACUGGAUCUGCUGGGUCCCGCAGCUACCGCCAACUCUCUGGGCAUGCUGCAAGGUGUGGUUGUCGGCGUGGAUGAGGACACAGCAUAUUCCUGGCCAGUCUGUAGCCUAUGUGGGAGUGACCGGUUGGAGGCCUUGCAUGGGGAGCAUCAAGCAUUGUUCUGCAGUUUCUGUAACACUAAAGUGGUCAACCCUACAAUGAAGAUGCAGCUUGAAGUCUUUUUAAGUUGUGCAUCAUUCAGUCAGUGCACCAUUAAAAUAAAGCUGCUACAAGAUACCAUCGUGUCUUUCUUGAACUUCACCCCAUCUGGCAGUGAGGGUUACACGGUGGAGAAUGUGUUGGGGAAGGAGGUGGGCCCCCUCGCCACUUACGUUCGUGUUGUAACAAGGAAGCCGGCACUCUGGGUCGGCCUGGAAGAAAUCAGCCUCAGCAAAGGCUAUUCAAACGAGGCGCUACAGGAGUCUGGCCCCGCCCCCGUCCCCACAAACGAAAGGGAAAGAAUCUGAAGAGCAUGUGGAGCACGAGUCACACCUCGGCGGCAGUCAGGACUGGGCUCCUCGUCGCACGCCUGGCGCACAGCAACAUCAAACAGACGAGUCAUGUGGACCUCCAGGGAAGACGCACCAAUAUAGCUGCAUGUGCAGUCUUCAAACGUCUUGGCCCUCAUGACAGAGGAGUUUCAAAAUACCCUCCUAGUACAGCAACCGACCGUUUAAGUACAUCGAACAGAAAGAGUUUCUGAUUUAUUCACAUAUAAAUCAGGACACUGGAAAUGAGAUGAAGCUGCAGACCUGAACGUGUGGUUUACCUGCGCCGUGAUGCUACUUGGUCCCCUCUGAUCCCUCAGCACGAGCUGAGAACAGAACCCCAGGUGCCCUCUGAGACUACUGUGUCACCUGCUUUAUAUCCACUAAUCACUCACCUUGCUCACUGUCAGUCUUUCCUGAUUAAAAUUUGAACAGCCUCCUUUCUGUGGGUAAGCAACAUUGACUGUGGAAAGAUUUCACAGUAAUGUCAAAUCAUCACAUGUCAAAUAUAAACUGUUACUUUACCAAAUGUAUAGGCUGUCACACUAGAGACCAGGUUUGAGUUCAUUCCUCCUGGCAUAUGGGAAUGUGUACAUGGUUGUACUAAUAAACACCACAUGGAAUUGAUU